ACACUCUUUGUGCACCUGGCAGCCCUGCUCUGACAUCACGCUUAGGUAAACAUAUCAUUGUGUCUAGUCUAUGCGUAAUGAAGAAAGUUAACAAAUAAAAAUGAAUUCCAAAGUCUAUAAAUGGUGUGCAGUACCGCAGUGUAAAAAUACAUCAAUAAAAACACCCAAAAAAGUGUUUGUACAUGUUCCAAACAAGAAAAUAAUAAGAGAUAAAUGGUUAAAGCUGGCACGGCGAAACCCAAACGACGUAGUCUCGAAUUCGCCACUUUAUUUCUGUGAAGACCACUUUGAUUUGCCAAAUGAUAUGGAAAAUUAUAUGAAGCAUCAUUUGAUGGGAUCAGUAUCACAAGUACGUAUGAAACCAGGAUGUAUGCCCCAUAAAUUUAUAUACCAACCAGACAGGAAAACACAAACAUCUGACACAACAGAGCGACCCUAUAUAGCUAAGAAAUGAAAAAUUAUGAUUCUUGAAGAGUGUAAUAAGGAUUUCGAAGGAAAAUGUAUAGUUACAGAACAAUCAAUUUUUGAAGGAAUUGCAUCCGGUGGUUCAGUUCAGCAGAAUGUAGACGAAGUUCCCCAAUUAACACCAAGAGUGUUGGAUAAAUCAAUUCAAGCACACAUACAGAAGUAAACCUAACCCAACGUAAAUCAGUUAAGUAGAUUAUUUGACAUCACCAAUGAAGCCAUCUCUACAUCACCGUUUAAAAUCAAGCAUCAUGGUGUAAAUAGUAACUCAUCAAUACCAAGUGUGUUACUUUAGUAAAAUAGUUAAAAAAAUUGAACAUACAGACAGACAUGAUACUUCUUAUACUCCUUCUGUAACUCACACAAUUAUUAAUUUAAGUUUAGUUAAAGUUCUUAAUGAUAUUAUAACGAUAGCCUGUGGUUUGAUUAAUAUACAAGACUCUCUUACUAAUUAAAACACAAAUUAAA